GACGACCCGCUUGCCUCCCGCCGUCGCCGCGUCCAGUGACCCAAUGCCAUGGGGCCGUUCCAGAAGCGCCCGCUGAAUGAGGGCAAGCUCUAUCAGACAUUGAACAAGAACCCCUUGCUGUUUGGCAUCCCCUUCUGCCUGCUUAUGGUCGGCGCGUCGUAUGCGAUGGUGCCCAUCGCGCAGACGCGGUAUGAUCUGCACGACAAGAAGGUCAAAGUGAUGUCCAAAGAGCAAGAGCUCAAUCUACAGAAGAAUAGGAAGAAGUUCGACAUACGGGAGGAGUACUAUCGCUUGAGUCAAGAAGCAGACGAACACUGGGAGCAGAAACGUGUUCCUAGACCGACAGGUCUCCCAGAAUGGGGCGUUGCGCCACCGCAAACGACUGCCGUGCCCGACGGGCCCAUCGACCUCCCGAAGAAGUCCAAGUAACUCGAGCGGGACAACCAGGUCCAUUCCGCCCCCCAGGCACGCCCCCUCAGUGCGCGCCUACCUUCCUCGACUGUGAACCGCGCUAUCCGUCCCACUCAAUCCCCACUCCGCGUCCCUCGCGCUCUCAGCAUACAUCCUUCCGCGUCGCACAACCUACACCGUGCCUCCCUCCGAGAAACGCACUGUACUACUAUCAUACUUGC